AUGGUAUCAUUUGUCAACUCGAGUCAAGGACAAAAUGAUCAUAAAUUUUUGGAGAAACCAACACUUCUCUUCAAAUUUGGCGGUCCCACUAAAAAGGACGUUGAUACCCAGGUUGAAGUUGCAAGGAAAAUUGCAUCGAAAAACCUGCUCAUCAACUUGGAAACAUCUAGUAAUCGUGAAGAUAACGACACCUUAUGGACAGCUCGUCGAGCAGGACUUUGGUCUACCUACGAAUAUGGUUCCAAAGUGCUAGAAAACAAAGAUGAUGUUCAAGUUUGGACCACAGACAUUGCCGUACCCAUUUCAAAAUUGGCUCAGGUGAUUUCAGAGACAAAUGACGAUAUUCGAGCUCUGGGAUUUGGAGACAAGUUCUCGAUCAUGGGCCACAUUGGAGAUGGAAACUGCCAUUUUCUCAUCCUCUACAACUCUCCUGACUACAAAAAAGUACAGAAAGUGGUCGACAGAAUGGUAUACCGAGCAAUUGACCUCGAGGGAACCUGUACUGGUGAGCAUGGAGUUGGAAUAGGAAAGAGAAAAUAUUUGAACAAAGAGCUCGGAAAAGAAACCGUUGAUUUGAUGAGACACCUCAAACUCCUGAUGGAUCCAAGAAGAAUCCUAAACCCUGAUAAGAUUUUCCGUGUAGACCCUUCGGACACUUUGGAUGCUCAAUUUGAUGCGGCACACAUCCAUGAUCAUGGAUGUUGUAGUUAG